AUGCGCAAAAACAAGCCUGACAAUGCUGAGCAGCUAACUCCAUCGAACGGAUAUCUGAAAUGUAAGUACACUACGGGCAGCGGGACAUUGGUCUUGAUGCAAUGUUCGCGCUACUUGUGUCCCGUUUGUGCCUCUGUGGCAUGUGAUGGUGUUGUUGCACAACUGACUCGUCCUCUGCCGUCGUCAGAUCACGGAAUAACGGUCUUGUACUCGGACGUCAGUGCGCUCAAGGAGGACUGGCUAAACGAUACGGCCCGCAUCGCGCUGGUGCGCCCGACCAUAGUAGCUCUGAUGGUGCAGUCGGCGCGACUAAGGGACAUCGAGUCAGCGCUCCCCGACUUCCGAAACGACACGCACAUCUUCAUCCCGGUCAACGAUUCCGUCAACGCCGGCAAAAGGGCAGACUCGGGCAGCCACUGGUCGCUGCUCCUGGUCUCGAGACUGGACGGCGUCGCGUUCCACUACGACUCGAUGAACGACCACAACGAGCCGGCGGCGCGCGCGUGCGUUGACCGCCUCUCCCGCGUGCUGCGCCAACCCUUGCGCUUCUACCGCAUCGUUGACAUGCCGCAGCAGACAAACUCGAGCGACUGCGGCGUCAUAGUCUGCAUCCUCAUGCGGCACCUGCUGGUCAAGAAGCUGCUGAACGCCAACGCCCGGGAGAAGGUGGGCAUGGGCCUCACCGGCAAGCAGAUCGACACCAUCGGGGGGCGCAAGGAGAUGCUGCGGACGAUAGAGCAGAUGCGCAAGGAGGGCGAGCGCCGCCGCAGCACGGGCACCCUGCCGCUGACGAUCCGGUCCGGCAACGAGCCGCCGUACAUCGACUAA